AUGGCACAUUUAAGGGGUCUAUUAGAUGGAGUUGAAGAACAUUAUGGAUUAAUGUCUUUUGGUACCAAAGACAUUUUUCAUAUACGACGUAAAAUAAGAUUUUGGCAAAGGAAGUUCAAGAGAAGAUAUUUAUUUGGGGGAUUAGUGGUUCUUAUUUUUAUAUGUGUGCUUAUCAAGUUUAUAUUGUUGAACAUGUUUUUUUGUCAGCUAGAUUUGCAUCCUAUAAAUCAUUCAAACGUUGUGGAAGAUCAUGAACCUUCACCAAAGAAUUUGUCGACUCUCGAAAUUUGGAAGCAUCCUAACAGUGACAAUUACUACAACUGCAUGGGACGAGAAAAGCAUGAUGAUAGACGUGCGUCCAAAUUAAGCUUUUUAUUGCUCAAUUAAUUUGAGUAAAAAUUCGAUAUAAGUGAUUCUCAUGACUCUGCCAUUCAUCUUUGUAUAACUAGGAAGAAUUUCUAUUAUACAGGUAAUGGAAGCACCACAAAUGGCUAUCUUUUGAUUCACGCCAAUGGAGGAUUAAAUCAAAUGAAAACCGGAAUAAGUGACAUGGUUGCAAUUGCAAAAAUUAUGAAUGCCACUCUUGUUUUACCUACAUUAGAUCACAAUUCCUAUUGGAAAGAUCCCAGUGAUUUUAAAGAAAUUUUUAAUUGGAAGAACUUCUUUGAAGUCUUAAAUGAAGAUGUUCAAAUAGUGGAGUCUCUACCACCCAAAUUUGCAGCAAUUAAGCCAGCUUUGAAGGCCCCUGUUUCUUGGUCCAAGGCCGGUUAUUAUAGCAGGGAUAUUGUGCAUUUAUUGAAGAAACACAAAGUAGUCAAGUUUACUCAUACUGAUUCUCGCCUAGCCAAUAAUGGUCUACCUAGUUCAAUUCAGAGAGUGCGUUGUCGCGCCAUGUACCAGGCGCUUAGGUUCGCAAGCCCAAUUGAAGAGCUUGGAAAGAAGUUGGUCAAUAGAAUUAGAAACAACAACACCUCUUAUAUUGCUCUCCAUUUAAGAUAUGAAAAGGACAUGCUUGCAUUCACAGGCUGCAGUCACAACCUAACAAAAGAAGAAACACAAGAACUAAAAAAAAUGAGAUAUCAAGUGAAACAUUGGAAAGAAAAAAAUAUUGAUGGAAAAUCAAAGAGAUUAAAGGGUGGUUGUCCUAUGACACCAAGAGAAGUUGCUGUUUUCCUUGAAGCACUUGGUUAUCCACUUGAUACAAAAAUUUAUGUAGCAGCAGGACUUAUUUAUGGCUUAGAAGGAAUGCAACCACUACAAAAUAAGUUUCCUAAUUUGAUAUGGCACUCAACUUUGGCCACAAAACAAGAAUUGCAACCCUUUGAAGGACACCUAAAUCAACUUGCUGCUCUUGAUUACUACAUAACUGUUCAAAGUGAUGUUUUUGUUUAUAGCUAUGAUGGGAAUAUGGCUAAAGCUGCUAGGGGGCAUAGAAAAUUUGAUGGAUUCAAAAAGACCAUUAAUCCUGAUAAGAAUAAUUUUGUUAGACUAAUUGAUCAAUUGGACAAUGGUCUAAUUUCAUGGGAUGAUUUCUCAGCAAAGGUUAAGGGUAUACAUGCAAACAAUAUUGGAGCACCUCAAGCUAGAAGAAUUAAGCGCCAUCCCAAAUUAGAAGAGAGCUUUUAUGCUAACCCUUUUCCAGGUUGCAUUUGUCAGAAGCCAACAAACAUGAUGGUAAAAACAAGUCAUGAAUCAUUAUGAUUUGCCAAUUAUUAUGUUGAGCCAUUAGAUGAAACAAAUUUGCUUAAAAUAUUGAGCUAUUUUGGAUGAUGUGAUAUAUUAGAUAGUAUAGUAUCAUAGAUUCAUAGUCAUGUUAUGAAUUGUUUUUUAAGUUUUGAAUAUAUUGUU